AUGGAAUAGAAAAAUGGAAGUUCUUUCACUGGAUUUGUCUUAUUGGCUUUCUCUGACAGGCCUCAACUGGAGCUAGUCCUCUAUGUGGUUCUUUUUAUCUUCUGUAUCUUCACUUUGCUGGGAAACACAACCACCAUUUUAUUGUCCCACCUGUGCCCCAAUCUUCAUACCUCUAUGUCCUUUUUUCUCACCAACCUAAGUUUCUUGACCUGUGUUACAGUACCAACAUUGUCCCACAGCCACAGUCAAUCUCAGGGAACAGACCAAUCUAUUUCCUGUAGUGGUUGUGUAGUUCAGCUGUAUAUCUCUCUUGGUUUGGAAUCUACAAAAUGCAUUCCCUUAGGGGUUAUGGCAUUUGACCAUUAUGCAGCUGUUUGUGGUUCCCUCCACUACACAGUCAUCAUGAACCCCCAUCUCUGUGCCCUAGUGGCUUCUGCUUCAUGGCGCAUUUGUUUUGCCAACUCCUUAUUGCAGACAGUGCUCAUCUUCCUUUUACCAUUUUGUAGGAGAAAUAAAUUAGACCACUUAUUAUGUGAGGUUCCUCCAUUCUUCAAACUUGCCUGUGUUGACAUCACUAUGAAUGAAUCUGAGCUCUUCUUUGUCAGUGUCAACAUUCUUCUUAUACCUAUUGUAUUAACCAUGUUCUCCUAUGGUCAGAUUGUCAGAGCCGGCUUAUGCAUAAAGUCAGCAGCAGGGCAGAGAAAGGCGUUUGGGACUUGUGGAUCCCACCUCAUAGUGUUUUCCCUGUUCUAUGGCACAGCCAUCUAUGCUUAUCUCCAGUCCAGCAAAAACUACUCUCAUGAUCAGGGAGAGUUCAUAUCUCUCUUCUACACCACAAUUAUACUCAUGAUCAAUCCUCUCAUGUGUACUCUGUGGAACAAGGAUAUGAAAGGUGCAUUUAAGAAGGUGCUUUGGAAGGACUAUGACUCCAGAUGA